AUGGCCUCAACCCUAACUCUCCGUCCGUCCACAAUUCUGUCCUCCUCUGUCGUAACGUUUCUCGACGACAGGCUGAACGACCUGCAAUAUCUCGAGCAGGCACCUACUAGUGUCUCGGAGCUACAAUCCCAAUGUCUCAAUUUAGAUAAUUCUCCAGUCGGGCUAAAUUCCAGCCUCGAAUCGAGUCUUCUCGGUUACGCCUCCUUCUCCGAUCGGGUUCACGUCCUGAUCACUGAUACCGCUGCCGAGCUCACCGCUCUCGAUUCGUCGACGGCCGUUUCUUUUGUAGGUGGACGAGCGAAAGAGAAGGCAUUGGCAGAGGAGCUUCCGGCGCUGGCAAAGGAGGUUGCCAGAGUGAAGAUAGUUCGAGAUUAUGCUGAAACUGCAUUGAAGCUUGUCAGUUUGGUGGGGGAUAUUGAAGAUGCUGUAGCUUUUGUAAUGAACAGAAAACUGCAUAACCCGUCUGGCUCCAGAAAGUUCAGAGGAUAUGUGUUUUCAUGCUAUUGA